AUGCGCCUCUCGCUCUUGUUCCUCUUGUUGGUCUCCCCAGUGCUCGUAUCUGCUGGUCUGUUCAGCAAAGACUCUGGAGUCACAAUGCUCGACGAAAAGGGAUUCAAGAAAGUGAUGAAGGAAGAAAGGACAGCAUUGGUCGCCUUUGUAGCCCCCUGGUGUGGACACUGCAAGAACAUGUCCCCGGAAUACUCAAAGGCCGCAAAAUCGCUCACUCCUCUCAUCCCCUUUUACGCUGUCGAUUGUGACGAUGCGAAGAACCGACAGCUUUGCGGAGAACAAGGAGUAAAAGGAUACCCUACUAUCAAAGGAUUCCCCCGUGGUGGCAAAGGAGUUGCACACGACUAUCCCGGAGAUCGCAAGGCAAAGCCAAUCGCGGAAUGGGCGAGCUCUGAGGUUCCGAACAAGGUCGAGUCGGUCGGCAAAGAGUCUGAGCUCACAAAAUGGGUCAAGAAGUCCGACUCGAAGCCUCGUCUUCUUCUCUUGAACAGCCAGACAAAGCUGCCUCUUCUCUGGAGAGUCUUGAGCAAUACCUUCAAGGACAAGGCAGCGUUCAGCAUGUCGAGAGCAAAGGACAAGAUUCCUGGACUCACAGCCUCUCUCAACGUCUCCGUCGAGGUUACCGAUAAGUCGAAAAUCCUCUACUGGGCACCAGGAGCGUCAGAGCCUCAGGUCUACGAAGGCACGUGGCCAUUCCCACUUUGGAUUGCGCCGCGUCGACUAAUGGCAUUUCAUGAGUCCCGAGUCGUCCUCAUCGAGACUGGCCGACGCGUCGUUCGCGCUGGAUUAGGUCUUGGAGAACUUUUACAUGUCCCUUCUGUCGAAAUGUCGGCUCGUGUAGGACUCCGUAAGAAUGCUAUGAACGUCGGUUCGACCUCGAAUGGCCUUCGCAACCAAGCCCCCGAAGCUCGCGUCUCUGAUUAUCUCGUUGGCUCCGUUUUGGACGACGCGAAAUACAUUCUCUUUACUCGCCUGAAAAUCCGCCGACAACUCAACGAAUGUCCAGUACUGCUUUCGCUCCCCGCAAAGUUAUCGAGGAUGACCCACAUGCUCCUCUGCCGAAUGUUCUUCGAGCGGUUCAAUGUCGCUGGGUUCACGUACAUUGAGCGACCAUUAGCGAGCUUGUAUGCCGCGAAUGCGAUCACCGGAGUUGUCAUCGAAAUUGGACAAGACGAGACGGACCUCAUCACCUGCUUCGAGUCGCAGCUGAAUCACGGCUCGAGCUUCUCAGUGCCCAUUGGGAUUCGUGAUUGUGAACGAUACUUGGCGCAUCUCUUGCGCUCCAAUACCUCUGUGAUCGGCGCACUGUCACCACCCGACCGACCUGUACAAGGAGUCGAGCUCGACAAACGCCUCUUGAGUUUCGCCCGAUUCCUUUGGCAGUCUGGGCAUAUCAAAAUCCCAAUGGAAGGUGAGCCCGAGAAAGAGGAUGAUGGGAAUCUGGACAUUGCAGCCUUGCUCGUCUCGGGCAAGGAACGGACGGUCAUCGAAGCAGCAAACACCAAGAAGAAGACGGCUCAGAACAAAGCGGACAAGGAGAGGGAAAAGGAAAUGGCAGCGAUGGAUCUAGUCAGUGUUCAAUUUGGCGACUUUGGGUCGAUUGUCGUAGGCAAAGAGCGGCAUCGGUUCUGCGAACCGCUCUUCGAACCGAUGCUCCUCAACAGCGUUAGCAUCCCUAUACAGACUCUAAUCGAUAUGGAUGGCCAAUCUCAACCCAUCCCACCGCCAAAAGAUCUCGACUUUUUACUCCCGUUGCCCACCGCUGUCCAUACCAUCGUCAAAGCAAUGCCACUUUCCCAACGCUCGUCAGCGUACUUCGGACUCUUGAUUACGGGACAGCUGGCUAAUAUUCAAGGUCUUGGGGUGGCUCUUCAAUCGCGACUAUCAACAUUCCUGUGCGCAGAUCGUAUACAAAGCGAAACACGGACACCGUCUACCCAGCCAGAUCACGCUCAAGCCAUCAAGGUUCCAGAAUACUUUGCGGAAUUCAGGGACAAAGGCGACUAUUACUCGGCAUUCCUAGGAUGCGGUAUUGUUGCAAAGAUGACAUUUGGCGAGUCGUCUGGGCGCAACUUUGUUUCCAAGGCAGAAUAUGGCGAAAAGGGUCCGCUCUCGGUGCUAGAACUGACACCAACAAUCUUAUAA